AUGUCCAAAGUGAAAAAUUAUACACAUUAUAUAACAACAUAUGAAGAAUAUCAACAACAACGUUAUGAAGGUGCAUCAACAUUAUAUGGUCCACAUACAUUAGCUGCUUAUCAACAAAUUUAUGAUGAUUUAGCAACAAAAUUAGCACGAAAUCAAUCAGUACCAUCUGGUCCACAACCUUAUGAUAUGAGAGGAAAAACAUUUUCAUUUGUUUUACCACCGAUAUGGGACGGUGUACCAAUUGGAAAGAAAUUUGGUGAUGUUAUCACAGAUGUGAAUUCAUCAUAUAAACCAGGUGAUAUUGUUCGUUGUUCAUGGUGGGGUGCAAAUCCACGUAAUGAUCUUUUCACAGAAAAAUCUUAUCUUUAUAUUGAUCGAUAUGUAAAUCAAACUUGGAUUCCAAUUUUAACUGAUUCGGAUAUUGAAACACGUUUUCAUUGGAAAAGAGAAGCAAUUGAUCAUAGUAUUAUUACUGUGGAAUGGUUUAUUCCAUCAACAUAUCCAACUGGCAAAGAUUUAUAUCGAAUUCGUCAUAAUGGAGUGAAAAAUAAUCUAUUUGGGAAAGAACAAUACAGUGCCUUUUCGAAAAAUUUUAUUAUUCAAAAUUAG